AUGGCUCGAUCUCAAUCUUCGGCCUUCCUCGCCCUCCUGACCGUCCUCCCCUACGUCACUUAUGCCUCACCCGUUUCACACCUCUACAAACGCGACAUGUCAGCUGGCGCCAAAGCUGGACUCGGCGUCGGCAUCGCUGUGGCUGCAGUCAUGGCCGUAUGCCUCCUUACCUUCUUUGUCGUUCACCUCCGGCGAUCUCGACAUCUGGCACAAAUCAACAGAGAACGAUCUGUCCUCGCCGGUGAGAAGAACCAAGACGGCUCUGAUAAGCCCGACAUUUUCGCAUCCAAUCCACCCAACAACUCAGGAAUGCCGAGGAGGAACAAGUCAGUCAAGGAUCGAUUGAUGGGCCCUCUGUACCGAGGGAGCACGAUCGAUCUCAUGCCGAUUCCGAAGGCGCACGUGAAUGGUCAGAAUCGAAGCAGCACGUUAACCAUGGACAACGCCGACGGACAACCCUUCCUGCACAAGCCAUGGGCUCACGGCGAGAGCUCUCCGAGACCUAGUUUCAGCAGCAAACGGGCCACCAGAAUGAUGAUGAUGAUGUGA